CUCUUAGUCAUCUCCUGUACUGUGUCCGCAGUCUCUGGUCAUCUCCUGUACUGUGUCCGCAGUCUCUGGUCAUCUCCUGUACUAUGUCCGCAGUCUCUGGUCAUCCCCUGUACUGUGUCCGCAGUCUCUUAGUCAUCUCCUGUACUGUGCCGCAGUCUCUGGUCAUCCCCUGUACUGUGUCCGCAGUCUCUGGUCAUCUCCUGUACUGUGUCCGCAGUCUCUGGUCAUCUCCUGUACUCAUGUCUGCAGUCUCUGGUCAUCUCCUGUACUGUGUCCGCAGUCUCUGGUCAUCUCCUGUACUGUGUCCGCAGUCUCUGGUCAUCUCCUGUACUGUGUCCGCAGUCUCU